AUGAGUUAUUCGAAGAAACCAAGUGAUCUCGCAAUUCAUAAUCUUGAGAAAUGGUUUCAAUUUUACUGGCUUUAUGUCAGUGCAAUACCUGUUCAAUUAGUAGGAGCUUUUAUUGUUUUAUGUCCUCUUUUGAUCUGGCAUGAUAUCAUAUAUUUACCUAACGAAUAUUAUUGUUUUGCUCCAUUCACAAAAGUUCGUGGUUUUCUUUGGCUUCCACUUAUUGCUUAUGGAUCACCUCUCUUACUUUUAUCUCUUAUAUAUCUUCGUAUUACAAUAUUUAUUCGUCAACAACCCAAUAAUCAAACAUUGAUUGUAAACCAACGACAACAACGAGAUCUGGCUGCUAUUCAACGAAUUUUUAUUAAUGUUGCUCUAUUGGUGGUUUGUGGAACUCCAUGUGUAACCCUUCUGUUAAUGUACCUCAUCACUGGUAUUGAACAUCCAUUAAGCUAUCGUAUUACGUGGGCUGGACCCGAAGUGUCCAUGGCAAUAUUAAGUGUACAAAUGAUAUUUAUGACACCCCAAUUGAAAAAUAUUAUUAUAAGACGACGACAAAAUCGUGUGACUACUUUAGAUAUUACAAUUCAAAUGAGGGCCAUUGCUACUAAUCAAUGA